AUGCUAUACUUACGUAAGGCCAUACCACAUUCACCACAUUUUUGCACAAAUUUCUCAAACAUUUUCUUGCAAAAAAUUGUGAGGUUAAAAAACACAAGCGUCAACAAAACUGGGGAAUUUGCGUCCUGUCAGGUUGGUACACUAUUUGAAACUUGGCGCCAAAAAUUCGACCAAAAUUCGAUUUCGGAGCCUCGAGAGUCGAUUGAGUAUAUUUUAGCACAUUGUUUGGGGACACCUCGGAUUUCGGACAUUUACAAAUACCGGGAUAUGGUUUUGGAUGAGGAUCGCGUUAAAUUGGUGGAAUCUUUAUGCUUGAAAAGGCUACAAAAGCUUCCGGUUCAAUACGUGUUAGGUGAGUGUUACUUCCGGCAAUUAGUGUUGAAAAUGUCUCCACCGGUGUUCAUCCCCCGACCGGAGACGGAACAACUUGUAGAUAUCGUUUUGGGGGAAAUAGAUCGGAAAAAUUGUCGUCAUUUUUUGGAGUUGUGUUGCGGCAGCGGUGCCAUUGCGUUAUCUCUCUUACAAGAACGUCCGCAAAUAAAAGGCACUGCUUUGGAUCAAUCGAAGGCGGCUUGUCACUUAACAAAAGAAAAUGCACAAAAGGCCGGUUUAAACAAACGCAUCCGUAUCAUUCAGAGCCAACUAGCCCAGUGGCACCGUUGCGAAAAAUUCGAUAUCAUCGUCUCGAAUCCGCCUUAUGUUUUCAGCGAGGAUUUGGAUAAGCUACAACCCGAAAUUAAAUUGUACGAGGAUUUGCAGGCUUUGGACGGAGGUGUUGACGGUUUAAAAGUUAUUAAACAAAUCCUCGAAUUAUCAUCCGAAUGUUUAAACAUGAAUGGGAAAUUGUUUCUUGAAGUGGAACCACGUCAUCCGACGCUGCUGCAAGAUUAUUUAACCGAGUUUGUCCCGGGGCUGGCUUAUGCCGCGACCUACAAGGAUUUAUACGCCAAAGAUAGAUUCGUCGAGAUAAUUAAAACCAUCCAAUAAAAAUACAAAUAAUUUAUUUCA